AUGGAUUCACUGCAUUCUUUGAGCGCUGCUUUGAAAUGGCUGGAAAUCGCUGCGGAAGAUUUGUGGCGGCGAAAGACGUGGUGGGAGGGGGCUUGGGCUGCUGCUGGGCCUUUGUGGCGGGAGAUUGUGGAUGCUGAGGAUGUUUGGGGAGAGCAGGAUGAGAGGAAGUAUUCCGAAGUCACUGUGUCUCGGUGGCGAUGGUGGGCGGCGAGGUUGGAUGAACUUGCUGUGGGCAAUAUGAUCGAUGAUGAAUCAAAGUCGUUAGCAAGGGCUUCUGCAGAGACUAUCAGAAGUCUCGAACGGGAUUGGAUGGAAGCGAGCGAUGAGACCGAGAGUUGCGGGUAA